GGAGAGAAAGUGCGCUGUUUCUCUCUAUCUCUAUCUUUAUGCCCCAGACCCUCCUCAGCAGCAGCCCGUCCAUCUCAGCGUAUCGGCGGCGAGUUUAUGGGGAGAGUGGCCGCUCCCUGCAAUAACGGCCCCGGCAGGAUCGCGUCCUUUCUCACCGCAGUCCCGUGUUUAUCCUGCAAACAGCAGCAGCAGAAGCGGCGGCAGCAGCACCAUCAGUCUGCGGCAGUGGAGCGGGGCAGGAGGAGGAUGAGCGAGCAGGGCAAGAGUGUCGCGUCCACGCCGGCGAGCGGGACACCAGCCCCGGGCUCGGACACCUACAAAGGCUGGCUCUUUAAAUGGACUAACUACAUCAAGGGUUACCAGCGCAGAUGGUUCGUGCUCAGCAAUGGACUGCUGUCAUAUUACAGGACGCAGGCAGAGAUGGCCCAUACGUGUCGCGGCACUAUCAACCUUGCCACUGCGCACAUCGACACCGAAGACGCCUGCAAUAUUGUUCUGAGCAGUGGAGGGCGCACUUACCAUCUGAAAGCCAGCACAGAGGUGGAGAGGCAGAGAUGGGUCACAGCGCUGGAGCUUGCCAAGGCCAAAGCCAUCCGCAUGAUGAACGAUCAGUCCGACAAUGGCCACACAGCCUCGCUAACACACUGUUAUCCGUCUGAUGACUCUGCAGACGAGGAGCCCACCUCUCAGUCUGACCACAGUGAGAUCCAGGGCACGCUGAAGACUCUAGCCAGUAAACUGGAUGAUUUGAGCACAUGCAAUGAGCUGAUAGCCAAGCACGGAGCUGCUCUACAGAGAUCUCUGAGUGAGCUUGAGACCUUACGUGUGCCUCUAGAGGGAGGAGAGAAGAUCAAGGCUGUCAACGAGAGAGCCACACUCUUUCGCAUCACCUCCAAUGCUAUGAUCAAUGCAUGCCGUGAUUUCCUGGAGCUGGCAGAGAGCCACAGCCGCAGAUGGCAGCGAGUACUUCAGCAUGAGCGUGAGCAGCGUACCCACCUGGAGGAGACCAUCGAGCAGCUAGCAAAGCAGCACAACAGCCUGGAGCGAGCCUGGAGAGAGGCUCCCACGCACGCCGUCAACACACCUGAUACACCCACCACCGACACAGGAGUGAGUGAAAGGCCCAGGAAAGAGGAAGCGAGUGAUGAAGAUGAGGAUACAGAGUAUUUUGAUGCCAUGGAGGACUCACCUGCCUUUAUAACAGUGACUGCCACGGACCCCUCUCAACACAGGCGUUCUCAGAGUAAUCUCAGCGGUGCUAGCGGAGGACAGCCCAGUGACUGGAACCAGGAGGACAAUUGUUCUGUGAGCAGUAAUGAUUUUUCAGGGAAAGAGCUGCAGCCUCGCAGGAAGAGGCGAUCCCGGAUCUCAGAGAAACCCAACUAUUCCCUCAAUCUGUGGAGCAUCAUGAAGAACUGCAUUGGCAAAGAGCUCUCCAAAAUCCCAAUGCCUGUGAACUUCAACGAGCCGCUGUCCAUGCUGCAGCGUUUGACGGAGGAUCUGGAGUAUCAUGAGCUGCUGGAUAAAGCGGCGCGCUGUGAAAACUCUCUGGAGCAGAUGUGUCUGGUCGCGGCCUUCUCUGUGUCCUCAUACUCCACCACAGUGCAUCGGACGGCCAAGCCCUUCAACCCUCUCCUAGGAGAGACCUAUGAACUCGACCGCCUGGAAGAAUUCGGCUACCGUUCCCUCUGUGAACAGGUCAGUCAUCAUCCACCAGCGGCCGCUCAUCAUGUGGUGUCACAGCGAGGCUGGUCCCUGUGGCAGGAAAUCACCAUUGCUAGCAAAUUUCGUGGAAAAUACCUCUCCAUCAUGCCUCUGGGUGCGAUACACCUGCAGUUUCAUGCAAGUGGAAACCACUACGUGUGGCGUAAAGUCACCUCCACCGUGCACAACAUCAUCGUGGGCAAACUGUGGAUUGAUCAGUCAGGAGAUAUUGAUAUAGUCAACCACAGGACCAAAGAGACCUGUCAGCUCAAGUUCUCUCCCUACAGUUACUUUUCAAGGGAAGUCCCACGAAAGGUCACAGGGGUGGUGAUGGACAGUGAUGGCCAGGCAAACUACAUCCUGUCAGGCACAUGGGAUGAGAAGAUGGAGAGCGCCAAGAUUGUGCAGAGCAGCAGAGGAAGCAGCAGCUCUGAGGGCAAGCAGAAGACCGUCUAUCAGACCCUCUCACCCAAACUGCUGUGGAAGAAAUACCCUCUACCAGAUAACGCGGAGAACAUGUAUUAUUUCUCCUCUCUGGCUUUGACCCUGAAUGAGGAGGAGGAUGGUGUGAGCAUGACGGACAGCAGGCUGAGGCCGGACCAGCGGCUGAUGGAAGCGGGACGCUGGGAUGAGGCCAACGCGGAGAAGCAGAGGCUGGAGGAGAAACAGAGAGCUGUGAGGAGGAGGAGAGAAGCUGAGGCCUCCAGGGCCAUUGAUGAAGGAGAAGACUUUGAGGGGUAUAAACCACUAUGGUUCCACCAGACGACGGAUGAAAUGACAGGAGAGAACAUCUUCGUUUAUAAGGGGGGAUACUGGGAGGCCAAAGACCGACAGGACUGGAGUAUGUGUCCAGAGAUCUUCUGAACACACAAACACUUGACUGACUCUGCAGACUGACAAAAACAAAUGAGGAAUAAACCUACUACACAGACUCAUCAGGGCCGCAGAGGACGUGGAGGCAGGGUGUGAACACCUCCACUGUUUGAAUCUCUUAGAUAGAGAUAGAGAGAGUGUGUGUGUGUGUUUAGCGUGAGUGUGUGAUUGCAGCCCAAUGACAUAUACCUUUGCCCAACUACUGAACAGACUCCCAAGAUGCGAGACCGAAAAAUGUUUUCACCUCAGUGAUGAUUUUGUGUGUGUGUGUGUGAGUGUGAGAAAUGCGCAGCUGAACUCUUCUAGCCAAGUGCCGCCCCAGAUUAUCUUCCAAAGCAAAUCAGGUUCUUUUUAUUCAGAACAACCCCUUCACGAAUGCACUUUCCCUGCAUCUCCUACAGUGACGCACACGAGACUGAGUCUUAUUUCUAAUGAGAUCAAAUCAAAUAUGCUCCUCGUCGCCCCCUGCUGGACAACACGUAAAGAAACUGGCAUUUAAAAGAGAGGACACUUAACUACUCAAUGAUCUGAUUGUUCAGCUUUGCUUCAUAUCAGCAAAACCACCACAUUUGGGCAAAGGAAGAUUGAAUACUUGCAUAUGCCAGAGGAACAUGAUCUUAUUCUUUUAUCGGACACCCAGCUACAGACUUUCUUCCUGGCUCCACCCACUUUGCAUAGAUAAUUAGACAGCCAGAAUGAUCUCAUGUCUUCGCUUCACCACUGAGCUUCAGACAAACCUAUUUUUAAAUCCACGGAUCGUCAUGCACAUAAAUUAGCUGCUUCCUGCAUUGACUCGGUGGAGCCCCCCAGUGGUCAUGUCCAUGUUACUGUGACUGUCACAGUACGAUGCAUAUCAAUGCAAUUAAAAUACUUUUUUGUACAAUCAGUAUACUUAAUGAAUGAGUGAACGAUCAACCAAUAAAAGUAAACAAGUCAUCCGCUCGAUUCUCUCAGAGAACAGCAAACUAUUUUCCAUUCAUAAUGCAACGUGUGAUACUCAAAACACAAGCAACCGACGGUUGAGCUUGUGUUUGUGUUUAUAAAGUGCUUGUAUUUAUUAGCAGUAGUAGAGAUAGAGUGGUUUAAAACAUGCCCUGAGGGAAAGGGCUGCUGGGACGAGAAGCACAUUGUAUAUUAUCAUUAUUUUUGAAUUGGUCAUUUGAGAGCCCCUGUAACAAUACAUAAGAUUAGUACAACUUUCUUACAUGGUUAAAAAUGAUCAUCAGGACUCAGGAGUGACAAAAAAGGAAAUGUUGACAUUUUGCUAAUCAUUUUGAAACAAUUCUUGUUCUCAAAGCUGUGGAUUCAGACGUGACAUCGCUGGAGAUCAGUUCUCACUUUAUUCCCGAUUGCUGUCAAGAAUGUAGAAGUCUUAUUUUGCACUCACGCCAUCGUAUGUAUUUUGUGAUAACCAUAUACUUCUUAUUUUAAAGGAAACAAAAGUAAUGAUGCUAUGCCAUCCUAAUAAAUGCUGUGGUUUGGUAAAAAUCUGAAUUUUAACCAAAA